GCCGCCAUCAACCCGAACGAAGAUCGCGAGAACUUCCGCUGCAACGCCUAUAUAAGGAGGCUCAAUACGCCUCAGGAGUUCGAGGAGGUUCUGGAAAUUAGGUCACCUUCGCCUUCUUUUCAGCUACCAUAUCUAAGAAAGCAACGAUGGCGGGAGGGAAUUUCAUGCACCGAGUCAUUUCCUAUGUUGUGAACGAGGUCGUCGUUAAUGGUCUUGCAAACAGUCCUGCAUUCCAGAGGUUUGCUGUGAGGACAUCGAAGCAGAUUGAAGAUAUAUCCACCAAGGCUGCUCAGAAAAAAGAACAAAUUAUUGAGACAAUGAAAGAUCUGUCAGAGGAUAUCAAGUCUAAGAACCGGUGAGCCUUCCUUCAUGGAUGUAGUGAACGUUGGAUUCCAACAUAUCUGUCAUAAAGAGUUCUCCUGGUUCCCAUUUCGGCUUCUUUUUGUGGCCGAUAAAAAAUUAUGUAAUGGUAGGAGUGGAGCCGAUAAUGACGCAGUGAUGGCAAAAAAAUGAAAACAAUGAUGCAUUAGGCACAUCUCUCUUGGAAUAAAUUGUUAUGCAGGUCUCUUGUAUCUAUCAUAUGGCCUCAUUAAGUAAGCAAUGAUUGUCUCCUGCUCCAUAGAAGGUUGUAUAAAAAAAUUUGCACAGCGUUAAACUUCUUACGGUAACAAGACCAGAAGGAUUUGCUAUCAAUGUCAAUUAAACUGCGGUGAUGUAAAAUAUAUAAAGCAAAAAUAAAUGGUUCAGUAAUUC